CUCGAACCCACGUCGAUAUCACAUUGCGAUCUUUGCGCCAGCCUGCACACAUGAUGCAGUCUCUCUCUGUCAAGAAGAAGAACGAGUCCGUGGGACUUCUGGAGCCAAAGCAUACCCACGCCACAUGGGUGGCGCCGUCGACGCUGGCCAAGGUUGGACUCGUGAGUGUGUCUGCGUGUGCUGGGUGGAUCUUUCUCGCGUCUUCAUCCGCAUCACCUUCGUCAUCCUCUCUUCGCAUCGACCCCGCAUCGUCGCGUGCUUCGUUCGAAGUCGACGGGGCCAUGUCCCUGCGCGUGUCGCGAACCCAUUUGGUGAACCCGGAGACGUCCGUCCCCGAAGUGACGUUCCUCGCGAUUGGGGAUUGGGGUGGCACCCUCGGCAAGGACAAAGGUGACCCUGGCUCGUGCUGUCAAUUGUACAACGGCGGGGUGGACACCCGGCACACUCGAUACAAAGUCGACUAUUACGCGCAAGCGUACGUGGCGGAGCUCAUGGCGCAGUCUGCCGCGGAACUCCACCCAAGCCGCAUUUUGGGUCACGGCGACAACUUCUACUGGAACGGCGUCGGCACCGGCGAUGCCAACUACCGACUAGAGCAAACGUUUGAAAAGGUCUACAACGCGUCGACACUGCAAAACGUUCCGUGGCUCAACGUGGCCGGGAACCACGACAUUGGCGGCGCCACGUUCAUCUGCGGCGAGGCCGACGGCGCGUACCGCGAGUGCAAAGACGAAGCUGAGCUGCUAGCGUACUUGGACAUUCGGUUUGAAGCCCAAGCGAAUUAUACGAGCCCUUACAAUAACCGAUGGAACCUCCGAGGCCAUUACUAUGUCGAGCGCAUUGUCAAGAAUGACGUGAGCGUCGAAGUGUACAAUGUCGACACAAACCACGCAGAGAACCACGGGUCCAAGGACGUUUGCUGCCAGUGCUACGGGUACGCGUCGCAGCUCGGCCUCGACACAGGGGUAUGCAACGACCCGCAGCCCGGGGACGUGGCCUGCGUCGGCGGAAAUGUGACACUGUUCAACGCAUGUGUGGCCAAGAUCGAAAGCUGGGCAAACGAGAGCCUCACACGAGCGAUGGCCGACAUGAAGGCGUCGACAGCUACGUUCAAGAUCGUCAACACGCAUUACUCUCCGCAUUAUCACAUGGACCCGGUGAAAAUGGACAAGUGGUACAACUUAUGCCGAGAAGCUGGCGUCGCGGCGUGGUUCAACGGACAUACCCAUGGCUUCAACCACGACAUUGCAAAAUGGGGCACGCACUUUUUUCAAAAUGGCGGCGGCGGCGGCAUCUCCACGUCCAAUAUCCCUGCCAUGGACAAUGGCAAAGUAAAAACAAAAUGGGUGGUUGAAGGCAACCCGUACGGGUUUAUGGAGCUGAGUUUUUCGAAAGAUUGGCUCAAGGUGCAAUUUGUGUCGUUUGAUGACCAGUGGACAUUUGGCGGACUCGAGUGGAAUGCGACGACGAUCGGAGGUCUGGAGCGGGGCCAUUGCUGGUUCGUUCCGAGAACGUUCCGCGAAUCCGUCGGCGUCGAGUGCCACGCGUCUGUAAAUGGAGCUGUUGGCGCCCCCAUCACCGACGAUGACCUACUACUACCACCACUCGAUAACUAACGACGAUAUACACUACAAACAUGUGUAUAUAUAUUGCAA